CCUUUGUUUCAUAUGGCUGUAUUUCUGAAUAAAUUAUUGUUUCUUUAUCUCUCAGGUUGUUGAAGGGUCAGAUCCACUUAAGGAAGCACAGUCAAUGAUAAACAUGCCCUCAAAUUUGAUCGAUGGACCUCUGUGGCGCGUUCGACUUCUAUCAUCUACCCCUGAAGCCUAUCCUCCUCGCCCAGAGAUAAACGAAAAAUUUCCAUAUCGGAACACAGUGAUAAUUCUGUGCCAACAUGCAGCUAUUGAUGGUGUUGAUCUGAUGAUGAUUCUUGUUUGGUUCCACAAGAUAAUUGAUGAUAUGAUCAGCGGAAAGCCCAUUGAUGAUUCGCAAUUUGGUCAAAUUGCAGACCACAGUCAGACAUCAGAAAUUACCCAACAAAUAAAAUCGGCUCUUGAAAAUGAUCCUGAGCGGUUAAGUUCAUUACUUAAACUUAAAAAAGAGGAGCCGGCCACGUCUGUCCUCAUUGAAGCUUUGGGAGCCCCAGAACCCUCUCAGACAGAGACAAAAUUCCUGGAAAAUGUUUUUCUGAAUAUCUCGGACGUUGAUAAGUUUCAUGCCAAGUGUCAGUCUGAAAAUAUAUCGUUCAAUGCUGGAUUUACGAGUGUAAUUAACACAGCUCUUGUUGAGGUAGUAAGGGAGGCCGGCUUGACACGAGACGCCUACAAUAUUAGGAGUCGUGUUCCCAUUGAUAUGCGUCGUUACAUGAAAGGUUACUCCAAGUCCUUCCCUAUGGGCUUCCAUAAUGCUCCAAUGUAUCAGAACAUUUCAACACCUUACAAUGUUAAAGAUCAUUUCUGGAUGUAUGCAAAGCAGUAUGAUGUUCAAUUUCAGAACAACUUGAAGAACAAAUUAUUUAUUGAAAAUAUGGUCAUUGAUAGAAUGCUUCGGCCAGCUGAUUUUUCUCCUGAGAAAUCCUUACUAAAUCCACAACCUAUUACGAUUGACUAUUUGUUUACAAAUAUGUUUACACCUCUUUUAAGAACAUACGGAGUAGGUAAACAUGUUCAGUUAACAGAUCUUAAAAGUUAUGCAAAUAUUCAUGAUCUUGACGUUACAUUCAUGUGCGUCUUACUCAAAAUAUGUGAUGAGGUCCGAUUUGAUCUCUGGUACUCAUCACGGGGAUUAACAGAAAAUACAGCACAAAACAUUGUUGACAAAACUGUUUCAAUCAUCAGUGAAAUUUGUGAAAAUAUAUAAUGUUUAGAUGUCAGUUCAAGGAAUUUCUUCAUAUGCAAGAAAUCAUAGAUGUCAAGACUGGGUCACUUUGAGGCUCAAAUAGCCAAAUUACAUUUCAAUAUUUACUGUAACAUUUCAACGUAAAUGUACUUAGUUAUGUGUAAUGUAAAAAUGGCUCCAGCAAGUCAGUGAUAGAUAGUAAGUGCUCUCAAAACAUAAAGCCUCAUUAUCCAGCCAAUCCACCUCUUUUGGUGAGUACUAAUAGUAACGAUGAGGACACUGGUUAUGGUACAACGAAAUUAGAGAGUAGAAAUCUGAACUAACGAGUUGGACAAACCGGAUAAUUAUUUUUUUACUUGUGUUACUUUGAUACACACCCUCAUGUUGAUGAUUAGUGGGCAUCUGGGGGUUCCAAGAAUUAUACUCAUGGCUUCAUUUCUAAUUUCCUCUAAAGCUUUCAUUCUAUUGCUAGAGAGACUCAUAAGGUGCAGGGCACUGUAGUCGGAUAGUGACAUAAUGGACAUCAUGUAGAACAUUCUAGCAUUUUUUACACUGAUAGAGGUGACGAUCAUUAAGUUUUGCUUUAAAUUCAUUUCAAUUUUAAUUUUGAUGACCAAAUACACAAAAUAUCAUUACCAUAACUAAACCAAGGAAUAAUUCUGAGUGUAAUUUUUCAAAUAAAUUUCUUUAAAAAUUUCAUAUACAAAUUUGAAAGAAAUAGAGGUAGUAGAUUUCCCCGUGCCAUUCCAAAAGUCUGUAGAUAAUAGUCAUUAUUAAAAGUAUAUAUACUUUCUUUUAUACAUAGCUUUAGGAUAGUAACAAUAAUAUCAGAAGGCAGGUUCUUCUGAUAUACAUCGUUCAUUAAUUCAUGAGCAAGGUAAUGUCGAAAAACAUCAACAUGAAUUUUAGUAAAUUAAGAACAUGCAUCAAAAGCAAUUAAUUUAUAUUCAGAAAUGAUUGAAACAUUCUUUAAUUUGUUAAAGAUCAUUUAACUGAAGAUUAACUAAAUCCACCGAACUAGUCAAAUGCGAACUAGAAAUAAUACCAAACAGCGAGGACAAAAUUUUGGUGAGCCACUUAGAAAGCUCUAAGGUAAUGGGUCCCACAAAACUUAUAAUAGGCCUUAUAGUAUAAUUAGGCUUAUGAGUUUUGACCAAGCACUAAAGAUACAUCAAGGAAGUAGAUGAGGUUGUAAACUGGUUAAACUGGUUCGUUAUGAUCAUUAGGAUUUCUUAUUUUUACAUAUGUACAUUUAUUGUAUAAUUGAGAUCUGGAACAAAACAAAAAUUGUGGGGGGGGGGAAGGAGAUAAUUUGUGUACUGGAGUUGUAUUUUUUCCUGUAGACUCUCUCUUUAUCAUGAGGGUCAAUAUGGUUAGCGGUAUUUGUGAGAACUGUCUUUUAUCUUAUCGAUUUUAUUUAUGAUUCUUCAAACGAUUUUUGCACAUAUAUUGCCAAAAUAAUUUCUUUCUCGUAUUAGAAAUGUAAUAAGAUUGAUUUCAGUUAUGAUGCUGAAACUCCCAACCAUAUGUUAAAGAUUUGAGCAGCUCACUACUACCUUCUGUGUAAGGGUGAUGAGAGAUCCAACAUCACCCUUACUACUUGUCUAGUAGUAAACAGUAGUCAGAGAAAAACUGACUAGUGCUGUUUGUUGGCGGUAAAGUGUUGCUAACGCACCAGCGAGCAACCUAUAUUCAAGCUGGUUAAGUGUUGCCAAUCUAAUUAAACUUAAUAUUUCUAUUGUAUGCAACGUAUUAGCCAAUGAUAUUCCACUAUAUCUGUACCCUGAAAUACAGGUGUCUUAUUCGCCGAUCAGCAAAAAGAGUAAGGAAGACCCAGCACUCCUGAAAGCAACAAAACUUGAAACCAUUGAUUCCUUUAUAUAUAACUUACAGCCUCACGAACUAUAUGAUUACGCUGAUGGGUCUCUUCUUCUUCUUCUUGAUGGUAGGUGCAGCUUGCAUGAAGGGUUUAUCCUGCACGCGCACAAAUGUUGAGAAACGCACUAAUGGUGAGAAUGACUAAGUUUCAAGUGUUAUUGUGUUGUGGUGUAGAUAGAGGA